GGAACCACGUCGGCGCGCGUGUCAGCGAGGCGAUAGCGGGUUCCCCCACCCCGGGCGGGCCAGGGGAGGGACGAGCAGCGCUCCUGGCGGCGGGAGAGGCAACCACGUCGGCGCGGGCGCAGCAGAGGCCAGCAGCCGCAGUGCAGCGCGCGCGGUGCCGGGGCGAGCUACCAUGAGGGACAUGACCAGCAAGAUGGCGGAGCUCAAGUUCGAGGCCCCGCUGGCGCAGUUCGAGGAGGCCGAGGACUGGGGGUCCUCCGAGUUCCAGCAGCACCUGGCCGACGACAACUCCAACAGCGCCGCCGCCUACCUGGGCAAGGAGCUGGGGCUGGCGGCGCUGCUCAACGACAACAAUGCGGCGGCGGCCAACCACAAACCGCCGCCGGCCGCCGCCGCCGCCGUGCUCGCCGCCUCCGACACGUUCGGCGACGCCUUCAGCGGCUCGCUCGAGGACCUGGUCAACACCUUCGACGACAAGAUCACCAGGUGCUUCUGCAACUACGACGAGUCGGUGGAGAAGCUGGCGCCCGUGCAGGUCCGCACCCAGGAGGAGAUCAUGAACGAGUGCCAGAUGUGGUGGACCAUCACGGGCAACUUCGGCAACAUCCUGCCCAUCGACUGGACCAAGUCGUACGCCCGCAAGCUGCACAUGCCGGCGCUCAACCUCAACGAGAGCAAGGAGAAGCUGACCCCCGACUCGGAAGCGCUGGACCUGAGCUCGGAGGACGAGGCGGUGGCCGGAGACCUGGACAUGCACUCGCUGAUCCUGUCCGGCCUGCACCAGGACCAGGAGCCCGUCAAGACGGCCGAGGAGGUCAUCCGCGAGAUCGACGACAUGAUGCAGGAAACACCCUCGACGGAAUGCUCCCCGGAGUCGGACGGCUCCCUCGUAGACUCCCCAGACACCUACAGCAUGAAGAGCAAAGAGAUCAUGUCUCCUCUCUACGAAGACAAGCUGAAGACGCUGAGCCUGUCGCAGCUGAACGAGGUGUACCUGGAGCUGGAGGUGCUGAUCAGGGAGUUCUCGGAGACACUGAUCGCCGAGCUGGCCCUCAGAGACGAGCUAGAGUACGAGAAGGAGCUGAAGAACACCUUCAUCUCGCUGCUGCUGGCCGUGCAGAACAAGCGGCGGCAGUACCACGUGGAGCGCAAGCGCAGCAGCCGCGCCCACGGGGUGCGCAUGCCCAACGGCCUGGACCCCAAGUACUUGACAACGGUGAUCCCCUACCACCUGGGCAGCGGGCCACCGGACAAUCAGGCGCUCCAAGUCCUCAUCAAGAUCCUGAAAGCCAUCAACGAAGACAGCCCCACUGUGCCCACGUUACUCACGGACUAUAUUCUGAAAGUUCUGUGCCCGACGUAGAGAAGAGGACUCAAGUCGGGUCAUCACCAAUUCAUAUUAAAUGUUCUCUCUUAUGUUACGCAGCAUCUCUCGUAGUCAAAUGUGCGUAGUACGCUGUCUCACCACUAACAGCUGCGUCCCACUACCAGAAACUGUGUGCAAAAUGAGGCUAACCUGAUAAAAGUCUAUCACAGGGACAAAACCAAACUCGCAGAAUCUAGCUCUCGUCUUAAAUGCAUGUCUUGUUCUUUAAGUGUCGUGCUGUUACGCGCAUUAAUGUAAGUACCUACUGUAAUUCAACUAGCACGUCUCCUGUUUUCUGUGGACGGCCAACUAACACUGUGUGCUACGUCUUGUGUUUUAGAAGUUGUCGGACUGAAAUACUCGGGACGUCAUUUGCAGUCGCCUUACGUAAGAUUGGUUGACAAUAUCUAAGCUUCUGUAAAUGAAUCGAGUAAACCUUGACGAAGGCGUCAGAGCAUGUGGCACACGUCGCAACUUCUCCACGGUGUUCCCACUUUCUCGGGAGCUUGCAGUACGCUUGAGCAAGCAGUCACUAGCAGCUGAGAUCGUUUUCCAAGUAGUAGUGUGUAGCGUGCAUGGUGCAAUAUGUGCUUUACUGGAGUUUUUCCAUUACAUAAUGUAGGCUGUUGUUGCGUUGAGAGUUGAUAAGCUUAUUCGUUGAAAAUACUACUCUGAGAGACACUGUUUUUUAAAUCGUAGUGUGAUGAAAAACACAUACCCUUCUCACAUUGUGUAGUUGUGUAAAUGAUAUUGCUACUAGUUUUCUUGGGAGGAAGAGUAUGCUGAACUCUGAAUGGUGGUUCUGAUUGGAAUCGCUUGAAGCUGCAACAUCUGCGUCUGAGACAUGGGACAUCGGCUGGCAGCUGGGGACAGUUUGUUACCCGAAUGUUGCAUGGCGUGUCUGAGUGUGUACGGUCCUCACGCUGGUUAUCAGCAGUUGAUGGUUGUAACUAAGGGCUGCCAACUCACACUUCGUUUUCUCUAAUUUCGUAGAACAGGGUGGGUAGCAACUUAAAUAAAAAUUGUAAAAUUUGUAAAAAAAACUUGAAAAUAUAGGAAAUUUUACUUUGACUUUAAAGGAUCUCGAAAUUACAGAUCAGAAUGUUUCACGGCUUUUGAGACUACUUGCGUCAUUUUUUGUGGGUGAAGUUUAAUGACGUUCGCACAAAAUGUCACUGUAACCUAGAAGUAAUUUGCAUUGCAAAUGAAUCUUUGGAUCUUGGGUUUGCUCGAGUGAGCUAAGUGGCCGCCUACCCGGGCAUACAUACGGUGUGCAGAGCUUCAGAAAAAAAACCAUGCGACUUGAAAAUUGCUCAAGAUAUCCGAGUUGGUCUGUUUACGAAAAGCAUGUAAGAUCAUGCUGAGGGUGAAUAAGUAGAGUUUUGUCCAAAUUUCAUCUUCAAACUGUAUUUUUUUUAUAAAAGUGAAAAUAGUUAAAAUGCUUGUUUCAAGAAUAAUUUUUAGGAAUGGGUUACUACUCAAAUCUAAUAAUUGCCUUGCGUCCUUGCCUUUAGAGGCAAUACUGCGCCAGAAGCACCAAUGAGCGUCUCGCUAACACACACACACCUCUGACUAGGCGGGCCCCUUAAUUCUUUCAGCCAAUUGCAGCAGCUUGCAUGUAGUGUAGUACUUUUCUAAAAAAAAUUUUUCACUUAAUGUGCACAACUUUAAUGUAUAAAUUUAGCACGGCAGAGAUUUCAAGGCCACGUGUAAUAGGCUUGCACAGAAGUAUUUUACUUACACGCUUAACGUUGGUUCAUUCACAUUUUAACUCCAAGCUGGGACGUCGAGUGAGCAUUGCCUAUGCUGUUGCACUUAGUUAUGACUGUGCUGCUGGUUCCAAAGAGACUGUCUACAGAGCUCUGACAAAUUUGUCCACUUAAUGUGUACACCUUGACCUUGAACCUUUCUUUCACCUUCGGUGCUGGAUUUUCCCUUUGGUUUCGUAGUAUUUUCCAGAAAAUUUUAACAAUGGAAUGCCUUCUUGGUGUAAAUUUUGUCAUAAUACAGCACACACACACACACACACACACAAAAUUUAAGUGACAGUGCACGUGAUUUGCCCCAAAGUCUGCCCUGUGUGGUUGUGCUCUGCACCAAGUUUGGAACAGAUUGCUGUCCUAAAGCUGAUAAGAACACAAGGGGAAAAUCCUGCAUUGUGGUUGAAGGCAAUUUUGAGAUUUUUACUGCGCUGGCUUUAAGUGGGACUGAAAGAAAUGCAAUAUGUACGAUGUACAGGAAAGUGUUCAGUAAGAUUUAGUUAAAAUUCUGAUUUCUAUGUACGUAGUUCUAUAUUGCUUGCCCUGAAUAUGGUGGUGUUGGAAAUGCUUGUAAUUCUCUGUUGUGUACUACUAUAUAAUGUUCCUUUACAGUACCUUUUUUCUGUAUAAUUUACGAACAUUCCUAAAGGUUAUAGUUUUUAAAUUGGAAAAUGGGUAUUGCUACCAAGUAAAGAAAAUCAGUUUUCUUUACGAGCGUAAUAAAAAUUAAAAAGGUACGUACAUUUUAGUGUAAUAAGUGAAAUAAUGUUCUAAUGGAAAUUGUAGGGCAGGCCACAGCAGGCUUGCCAACUUCAGCAGAUUGGCACCACAGUCUAAAAUGCUUGCGCGACAAAGUACGCUUAACAUAUUUUUUGCGCUUGUCUCACAGCAGCUAGGCAGGAAAAAUGGGGGCAAGAUACAAAAAUAGAUACACCAAUGGAUAACAUAAAAACUCUAGCGUCAAAGGUGAAACUUUUAUCCUCUUUUUUUUAUUGUAAAACUUGUUAAUCUACGAGGCUAGUUGAAAUGUGUUGCUUGCUGAGGCCUGCUAGCGUUUAGCUGCGAAUAGUUCUGGUAUGUUCUGUCGAACGCUACAGCAUUUUUUUGUGACGAGAACUGUUUUUACAUGUGUGUCUAGCUGUAGGUGUGAAUCAAGUGUUCCUUUUGGUUGUUUAUACUCGCAACUUGCAAGAAAGUCUAGUCUGCCCAAGAGCUUGGAAAACGUUAGAAAUAUGAUAAUGACUUCACAUUAAUUAAUUCUUUUUACUCAGCAAUGUUUAUGUUUUGUCACUCGACAAAAGUUGUGUUAAGCGAUAAGUUCUGUGUGUGCGAGGGUGUGUGUUGGUGUAUCGUGAGUGCUCAUUGUUCAGACCUGACGGAACUCGGAUGGCAAUGGUAAACAUUCGCACGUAGCCUUUUCCUGUGCAUGUUCUAAUGUUGUGUUCCAUUCUUGUAAAUGAGCAAACUGCAUGAACGUUUGCAACACUUGAUUAUCAUCGUGUAACAUAGUGCACAACUGCUACAUUUCGUGCGAAACUGGCUGAAUUUUUUUUGUUUUGCGAAGUAAUAAGCAUUAAGUUGUGAAUUUUUGAGUGCUGCGUGUUAUUGUAAAGAUAGUGCCAUACAGUAAUAAGUAGUAAUUAGUAAUAUUUAGUUGUUAAUCAGACUAUUUGUUGAUGUGUUUGAGUUAGUAUCGAAAUCUGUUCAUUGCUGCAAAAAAUUUUUUUAUUGCUUUAACGUAAGACCCGGAAGAUGUGAUUGAAGGUAACCACACUUGGUGGCUGAAUAUCCACUGAUCUGAACGACUUUAUCUGUUUUGGUGCACACAAUCACUCGGUUGGUUGACGAACAACAUUGGCAGUGUUUCUAUUAUAAUGAAAUGCAAAGAAACCGUUAUGAUAGUGUGUAUGUAUUUGUCUACAGAACUCAACAUAGAUUUUUGGUUAAAUGACAGCUCAAAAGCUUUCAUUUCCAUUGAGACGAAGCUUCUAAUUGUGCAAUAAUAACUGAGAAAGGAAUUUUAUGAUUCAAGCAAUAUUUUUAUUAAGUGUAUAAAAGCAAACUUGCGAAGAAAAAAAAUUUAAUCUUAGUCUUACACCAAGUUAUUUGUUAAUUAACUUUAUCCUUUGAAAUACUUAGCAUUUUCAUGGUUAAUUCAUAGUUAAAACUUCAUAACACUAAACAGCCAAACUGAUGACAAUAAAGUUAUCGGACCAGUUUUGUGUAAUCAGACGAUAAUUUUUUUUUAAUUUCAGUUAACACUGAAAACAAAUUGUAUUUUUAUCAGUGCCUGCAGAUGUGCAUGACAUACGUGGAAAAAUAUGCAAAAUUAGUUUCACAGUGCACAUUAUCAGUUGGGUGGGUUUUGUUCAGUUUGGAACAUAGCUUAUCUCACACGCAGUUUUGCUUCGCAUGUUCACUUUUAUUGCAGCUUUAACAUGCAAUAAUGAUUUUUAAAACCUCAUAAAUAUUAAUGUGUGUGUGAUUUAUUUGGACGUUAUGUUAAGAAGAUAUUGUAAUUACAUAAAUACUACUGAAUACCUACUUAAUAUCUACAGCCAGUACGUUCUGCGCAUGCUAUUGUGCCAACAUUUCUAGAUAAUUUGUUUUACGCAAACAAAUUGAAGGCACUACUGCAUAAAUAAAUAUUGAGCAUUUCGUGCAGUGUGAUUGUGCACAAACGUGUGUGUAUGCCUGUUUUACGUGUUGUGACAUUUCGUGAGCUCGGUCAUUUGUGUUUGCUUUAGGUUUGUCGUGAUAGCUGUGUGGAGUGCGGAUAUAAUAGUUACUUGGAUUGUCAUCUCUGUAUGUGUAUAUUCUGAGUGUAGCUCGAUAUCAUGAUUUAUAAAUAAAUAUUUUAAGAAUCUAUUUAAAUCUCCAAGAAGAAAGUAUAGUAAAAAAAAAACACCUUUAUAUAGUAAAAAAAAAAAAAAACAUGUGUAGAAACCUCUAAUCAGAAAUAAAUAAUCUUUUGCACAUCAUGUUGUAUUGUAGACAACGCAAAGACAUUUAUCAGCUAUGCUGCAUUAUAAUUGCCAGAGUGUGAACAUAACCUCAAAGUGUGUCGUCGUCGUUGGUCGAAAGCCAACGACACGCCUGGAGUGAUGCUGUCACCGUACGUUGUGUAUUCUAUGUAAAAAAAAUAUAUAUAUAAAUUAUUUUUGUGAUUUUUGUAGCAUGUUUAGUUUGUUAAGUUAAUAAUGUAUUUAUUGUGAUAAUAUGUGCAUAUGUACAGAGGAAAACAUGUAUGUGUAACUAUGGGUGAAAGCUUUUUUGCUUGCAAAAAACAAUUAAUUUUUGUUAUUAGAUGAUUUUCCAAUUAAAUAUUACACAAACACAA